AUGGUUCUGCCUGCGCGGCUGCCUGCGCUGCUGCAAAAUGUCCAGAAAGAUGCCGUGCAGCCGACGCUGUUCUCCUAUAACUCUGCCAUCAAAGGGAGGAACGACUGGGAGGCUGCACUAUGUGUGCUCAAUACGCACCUGGCUCAGAACUUGUGCAAUCCCAUGCCACGUCCAGAAGGCCUUGCAGUCUCGAGGGUUCAGAUGGUGCAGGGCAAUGAGAUCACAGCCAGUACAGCAGUGACGACCAGUGGAAGGUCCAAUGCGUGGCAGCCUGCUCUUGAGCUGUUUAGUAGGAUGCUGCUGCACCAGCUGUGCCAGGACGUCAUCUCUUACACUGCUGCCAUUGCUUCCUGCGAGCCAGUGGGACGUUGGCAAAAGAUGCUGGAGCUGCUGAUGGAAAUGCCACUCUUGGAUGUUGUUGCGUGUGGGGCUGCAGUCAGUGCCUGUGCAAAGGCUGGUGCAUGGCAAGAAGCCCUCGGGCUGCUGUUUACUAUGUCAUCGCAGACUUUGCCCAACACCAUCUGUGUCAAUGCGGCCAUCUCAGCCUGCGAGCGCAGUGGGUGCUGGGAGGUGGCUCUACAACUGCUGUAUGGCAUGCCACUGCAGGCCCUUCAGCGAGAUGAUGUGAGUUGUUGUGCCGCUAUCAGUGCUUGCGUGCGAGCAGUUCAAUGGCAGGUGGCUUUGUCCUUGCUGGUUGCCUUCUCAUCAAUGCUCCUUCAACGGACAGCAAUCAGUUUCAAUGCGGCAAUGAGUGCCUGUGAGAAAGCCAAGCGGUGGCAAACUGUACUGGAACUGGUGUGGGACAUGGGCAGCCAAAGUUUGCUGCUGGAUUCGGUGACCGCCGGAGUAGUAGGUUUGGCUUGUGACAACGCAGAGCAGUGGCAAAGAUCCCUGCAAUUCCAAUGGAUUUCCUCAGGCUGUGCAAAUUCCAAUGCGCUUCAAAACCUGGCGCAGAGGUUGGUUUGGUCAGAACGUGACCGCGCAGAGCUCGGUGCCUUGCUGGAUCCCAAGAAGAUGAAGCUGGCUUCGCCACAGAACUUGGUACUGCUGGUAUGGUGUGCAGCCUCCUUGGCACAAUCAAAACGUAUUUUUUCGGACGUCGGGACCCAGCUCGUGAACUACCUUAUCUCCGGGCAGCUGACCUGGCGCGAGAAUGCACGGCUAGCAUGGUCUUUGGCAAACUUGGAGGUUCAUGAUGGCAGCCUACUUCAGACAUUGCAGGAGGACCUUAUUCAAAAAGUACAGCAUUUUAAGGUGUCCAGAACCUUGCAGCAGAGCGGCGUGGUGCUGGACUUCCUCUCUUCCAUGCUCACAACAGUAUGGUCGUGUAGCACUCUCGGCGCCCUACGCGGCAGGACUUUGCAGGCAGUUGAAGCCUUUCUUCAUGAUGCGGCUGUGCUUCUCGACAGGAAGAUGGUGGCUGCCCUGCCCGUGCCACCUUCGUAUCAAGAAUCGCACCUUGUGCGAUUUGAAUCAGAGGACCUAGUGGUGGUCAGCAAGCCACCACAUUGGCAGGUGGAUUCGAGCACAGAUAGAAACAGCGAAGCACCCUUGGGAGCCUUCCUUCAAAACAUCUUUCCCGCUCGUCAAUGGCCCCUCCUGAAGGAUGAGGCCAACACGAAGGGCUUUCUGCACCGUUUAGAUGUUCCAAGCUCUGGCCUCAUCUUGGUGGCAAAAACAUAUGCUGCCUACUUUGACCUGCGUCUUCAACUUCAAAAAGGCGAGAUGCUUCGAGCGACUUGGCCAAGUCCUGAAAUCGAGCGGCUUUGUUCAGUCUGGCAGCCGAUCAUCCAUUGCCGUUUUCAACUUAAAUAUCAAAGAAACGCGGAUGUCAAGCGGCCCCCGAAGCGAGGAAUACGUUGUGCUUUGUCACGGCUGGCUGCCGCGCCGUGGUCCUGUGACAGCCCGUGUGCACACUCUGCAAGGACUGAAGACCUUGAGCUACUGCAUGAUUGGCACUUCAGCCCUAUGCUUGGUGGCCGUGCAGUUGGUGACAGGCCGUAUGCAUCAGAUCCGCUUGCACACUGCUCACAUCGGCCACCCGACAGUUGCAGACGGCAAGUAUGCGGCUCUUGGUUUGCAUUGGGCUGCCCCGUGUGUUAA